AUGGCUCCGGGAAGCUUCAGAGACGGUUGGAUCUUGACGGCGAUGGUGUUAACGGAGUUUUCUAACGUCGGAGUAAACACUCUGGUCAAAUCAGUGACUUCCAAAGGACUUAGCCCAUUUGUGGUUCUCGUCUACUCUUACAGCAUUGGAUCUCUUCUUCUAGUUCCUUUUGCCUUCUUCUCCUUCAGAUCAAGAUCUCUUCCUCCGUUGACUUUUUCAGUUCUUUGCAAAAUGGUGCUUCUUGGUCUAAUUGCAAGUGCAUUCCAGAUCGCUGGGUACAAUGGUAUAAAAUAUAGCUCGCCGACAUUAUCUUCGGCAAUGAGCAAUGUGAACCCUGCAUUUACCUUCAUUCUCGCCGUUGUUUUCCGGAUGGAGAAAAUAUCCUUAAGGAAAGAGAGUAGUGUAGCCAAAGUGUUGGGAACAAUAGUUUCUAUAAUUGGUGCACUUGUGGUUACUCUCUACCAUGGUCCAAUGCUAAUGUCUUCACACUCCGAUUGGGUCUUUGGCGGUUGUCUUCUUGCUCUCCAAUACAUUCUUAUCUCCAUCUCUUACCUUGUUAUGGCUCACGCAAUGAGUCGAUAUCCAUCUACGGUCAUUGUAACGCUCGUCCACAAUGUUUGCAUUCUCGUUGUGUGUACAUUCGUUAGUCUUUGGGUGGAGAAGGAUGACUCGAAGGCAUGGAUCAUAAGAUUUGACACAACCUUGAUUUGCGUUGUGGCAACGGGUAUUUUAAAUUCAGGAUACUAUAUUAUACAUACAUGGGCGGUUAGUCACAAGGGACCGGUCUAUUUGUCGACGUUCAAACCACUAUCUAUAUUGAUCGCAGCCGCUUCAACUACCAUUUUCCUCGGCGAAUCGAUCUACCUUGGACUCUUGAUCGGAGGAAUAUUGAUAGCAAUAGGAUUUUACAUGGUGUUGUGGGGUAAAUCCAAGGAAAAGAAAGUCGAAACGUUAACCAUGGAGUCAUCUCCUUCCCACAAAACUCCUCUCUUGGGUUAA